AUGUUCAUUCUUGCUUUCAUCUGUCUUGCUCAAGCAGCAACAAUACCUCAGCGUGCUCCAGGGACACAGCUGUCUGCCGUCUUUAAUGGCCCAUCAGAUUCGCCUCAAGGUUACAUCCACUUCACCUCGGCCAAUGUCAAUGACGGCAUCAAUGAAAUGAUUGUUGGCAUACGCCUCUUCAACUUUGACGCAAGCAUUGGCAACUUUUCCUACCACAUCCACGAAAAGCCAGUGCCGGAACGCAUCACUGACCCGGGAAAAGACUGCUUGGUAGCAGGUGGGCAUUUCGAUACCAACGGCAUCACAGACACGCAUGUUUGUGACAUGAACAACAAGCAUGCGUGCCAAGUGGGAGAUUUGUCUGGAAAGUACGACAAGAUACAAGUGUAUCGCGUCAAGACCAGGUCAUCCGUCUAUCGCCACAUUUAUAGUGACGAGCGCCUACAAGUGGAUGUCGGGUCUGGUAUUUCAGGUCGGAGUGUGGUCAUUCAUGAUAAUGCCAAGAAGCGUAUUGCCUGUGCCAACAUCUUGCCAGUGCCAGCAUGA